AGGAAAAGAGUGCAGCACUGGAACAACAACUUCUCCUUUGCAGGGGGGAGGAAGAAGUAAUAAUUCAAUCAAUCGAUGUUAUUCAGCAACAGUUAAAAAUCAACUACAUCGACGUUAGUACACUAUCAAUUAGCUCUGCUAAUGGACAACCAUCAACAACCACCACAGAACUUGCUAAAUCAUCCACUACUACCAAUAAUAAUACACAAAAGACAACACGAUGGGCAGACAUCGUUGAGCAAGAAGAAAAAGAAGCAAGAGAUUCUCACUACGAAGAAGACGACAGAAAAGGUAGCAAGUGGUAUGUCAUAUUCAAUGGACCAUAUCAAGGAGUAUAUCACAACUGGGCCAUCGCUAGCCAGCACAUUAAUGGCAAACCAAUCCAACAUCAGUCAUUUAAAACAAAAGAAGCAGCCGAAGAAGCAUUUAGACAGUCAUACAAAGUGAUGGCAAUGAAAGAACCAGUCAAGAAUCAAGAUCAACAAUAGCAUAAACUUAUCAUGAAGAUACCUAGUAUCAAGAGUAUCCCAACCACCAAAGAAAAAUAAGAACAAUUGAAACCAGUCUUUCAAAAGUUCGUAUCCAACUGGGAUAUGAUAAUCAACUACGAAGAAAAACACACAACCAUGGGGUUUUAUCCCGUCAGUCGAGGAGGACCAAAGGCAGUAAUCACAGAAGAAGCAUCACCAGAACUCUCUUAUGAGUUCCAUCAGUAUGGAUUAAUCGACACUAUCUACACUACAACCAUGAAAGUAUUUGAAUACUUUCCACAAAGAAUGAGGAACAUGAUUAGAAGAUAUCUUGAGCUUUUCGCCAAGGAACGAGAAAUAUUUCUCAAGUAUACAAGCAGCUACCCCAUAUUUGAUUAAGACAAGCUAUUGGUCGGAUCAAAGGCAACUAUCCUUAUGGGAGUAUCAAACCAUGAUUAUCCUACCAGAGAUGACCUACGAGACUAUGUGAAGAACCCAGACUACCAAGUAAAGGGUCUUCUAGCAGUAUGCAUAGCAUUAACAAAGAUUGAACCAGAAAGUCAGAUCAAGGUCAAUUACAGCAGCCCCGAUGCCAUCAUCACCAAUAAAAUUAGAGGAAAUAUGACCAAGGAAGAAUGGACAAUCAUAACAGAUAAAACUAAAGAAUUCACUGAAAUUAAUGGAAAUCUAUCAGCUCUUCUUAUUCAAAUCAAGAAACAGCUGUGCAACGCACUUACUAUCUAUAAGGACCACUUCUGUGAAUGGUGUGCAUCAACUGACGAAGACAUCAAUGGACCAGCAGACCAAGACUGAAAGAAGCAUGUGAAGAAAGAGGAAUCAAACAAAUAUGGGAUAAAACGACAAGAGAAGGUUGGCCGACUCCUUUAAAAAAGUCGUGCAUUAUUGUACUUUAUCAGCUUUUCUUAUCGUUUCACGCACUUUCUUUUGACGUGUUAACUUUACAUCCCUGUCUAACAGACGUAAGCAAUGACGUCUUUGUAUUCCCUCUCAGCUCUAUAUAAGAGCAAGAGUUUGCAAUGAAAUAAGGCAGAACGAGUUUGGCCACAAAAGUUGUCUGUUUACUCUCUCCCUCUAGCUAGCUAGUUGUAAGGCUUGGAUCCACUGAUCCUGGAGGCCACAAUCAUCUUCAACAUAAUCAAACGCACGAGGAGCAGCUACAAUCAUCAAGCAAUCAUAAAAAAACUCAGAGUUUCAUUAGAAGAACAAGUCAGGUAUGUCCAGUAAUCCUACUUCAAGUUAUUUUGACUAUUUAAACAAAAACGAUAAUGAAAAUUACUUCUUAGAUGGUGUUAUAGACGUAAAGAAAAUUAGAGAAAAAACUAAUUUUACUAUUUCAGAAACUCAAAACUUUAUCACUAAGUCUUUUUUAUCAAAACUCUUUGAUAGAGAAAACAUUAUUAAAUACGGUAAAAUGAUAGGAGAAGUAGCAGUCCCUAUUGAUCAAACUAAGGGCGAUUUUCUAAUCCAAGUAAUAAACAAAGAACAAAUUAGAAAAAAGAUUAGAUAAACUAAGAUCAGAAGAACGAAAUAAAAUAGCUUAUAUUCAUAUUAGUACAAUUCAAAUUAUACUAAAAUCAACCAUGAAAAUAGGAAUUGACGCACCCAUGGAAUUAGAAAUUCGUGAUGAUAGACUCAUUAAUGAAGAAGAGAGUAUUAUUGCCAAAGGAACGGGAAAUUUAGGAGUAGGAAUAAUUAAAUUUGAUAUUAACCUACAAGUUACAACAAGGACUGAGUCUGGCAGAUGGUAACCUUGACUCUUCUAUCAUUAUAAAAUACGAAUUAAAAAGAGAAAAUUUUAUGAAAGAAAAUAGCAAACCAUUUUCAAUAACUUAUCAAAUAAACUAUGCAUUAACAAAUAGUCACCACAGCUUAACCUUCAAAAAUAAAGAAGUAAUUACUAUAGAAGAUUUAUUUAAACCUUUAAUUCAACUAGAAGCACUACUAAAAACCGUUAAAAUAGAACCUAGUAGACCAUCGAUAACCCAAGAUCAAAGACGAAUAAUUAAAACACAAUCAGAGAGAAUUAGGCAUAUCCCAGUAACUGAACAAAAUUUAGAACAAGAAGAGAUAACCAAUAAUCAAGUAAAUAAAUUAAUUGAAGAGAUAACCAAUAAUCAAGUAAUAAAUAAGUUGGAAAAAUUGCAACAUUCAAUAGCAAAUCUAGAGAAUAAAAUCUAACAACUACAAAUAUGCCUACUAACUAUCAUAUAAAUUAAUUAAUUGAAGGAAUAGAUGCUAUAAAUCUCAUUUCAAUAAAUUAUAUCAGUACGGUUACACAAGAACUAACUUAUUUUGCUUCAGAAAUCGUAGAAGAACAAAUGAGUAUUGGAACCAUAGAAACAUUAGAAGAAGCUAUCUCCAAAACCAAAUUAAUUACUAAUAUAAUAACUAGUCUAAAUAAAAUAAAACAAAGAUUACUAAAUCAGUAAGACAUUUUUGAAAAUAUAAAAAGAACAAUAAAUAUGGUAUCAGAGCCAGCCGAACCGAUCAACUACUCUCCGCCUCUCACAUACCCGAAUCAAAUCGUUCAUAGCCGUUCGAUCUUGACUUGGACACCAAUCUGUACCUAUUAGUAUAUACUAUAUACUAACAAAAGAACUAGUUAGCAGCUUAACUAGGUUGGGACAUCGGAGGUAGAGGCGAGAACAAAAAGCCCCGAAAGAUUACUAAAUCAGUAAGAUAUUUUUGAAAAUAUAAAAAGAACAAUAAAUAUAGUAUCAGAGCCAGCCGAACAGAUCAGCUACUCUCCGCCUCUCACAUACCCGAAUCAAAUCGUUCAUAGCCGUUCGAUCUUGACUUGGACACCAAUCUGUACCUAUUAGUAUAUACUAUAUACUAACAAAAUAACUGGUUAGCAGCUUAACUAGGUUGGGACAUCGGAGGUAGAGCGCGAGAACAAAAAGCCCCGAAAGAUGUGGAGACGAGCGCUGCCGUCACCGUCUUCAUUCUCCGGCCGAUCCGCCACUCCAGGCAUCGCCGCGAGAUUCUUCUCCUUCGCCUCUUCGCAGCCGCCGCCCUCGACGACGCCCUUUCCCGUUUCCUCUUCUCCGAGGACCACCACUCUCUUCUCCUCAGGUAAAAUUCCGAAGACCAAGGUUGAAAAUGUGAUGCCGAUCGCUACCGGACACGAGCGAGAGGAACUCCAGGCGGAUCUUGAGGGAAGGAACAUUUUAGAGAUCAACUAUCCCGUCGGUCCUUUCGGUACAAAGGAAGCUCCUGCUAUUGUGAGGUCUGUUUAUGACAAACGAAUAGUUGGAUGCGCCGGUGGCGAAGCAGAAGAUGAGCACGAUGUGGUGUGGUUCUGGCUGGAGAAAGGCAAGCCUUACAACUGCACUGUCUGCUCCCAGCAUUUCAAGUUGGAAGUGAUUGGCGAGGGAGGCUCGCCCGAUGGCGAUGGAGAUGAUCACUAAUGCACCGUCGUGCAGUUUCCAUAGUGGAAUAAAUUCAAUGAAGAGACAGUAGGGGAGGCAAAUUCUCCUCCAGUUUUGUUAUGUAGUUAAUAAAACAAGGUUUAGUUGGCGAUACUACUCGAUAUCCCUUGCUUUCUUGUAUGCAGUUUUCCUACAACGAGACUGCUCAAAUGGAAAAAUAGUUACUGGAAACAAUUUUGUUGUCAUAUGUGUCUUUUAUCAGCAGUGUGUUUUCAUUUGUUGUCUCUCCUAUGAACUGAUGUUCUGGCUUCUCAAUUUCCAGCAUUCCUCAACCUGUUGUUUGACUGCAAAAUCGGCAUCUUUUGUCAUAUUUGUGUCUCUAUGUCAAUGCUUCAAUAUUUGAAAAAGGUGGUUGUAGACAUGUAGUUGUACCAAUGUACCAUGGGAUUAUCGAAACAAUAAUGGCAUCAGAAUAUU